UUACUCCAAAUCGACGUAUAUAUAUUUAGUGGUUGACAAUAUCGUAGUUCUAUCCGAAAGUCUCCGUGUACUGGAUUGUGGUUAUUUGAAUAUGUGCUCGGAGACCGCCAACUUCAAGUUCUUCUUACUACAGUGCUUCCUUUUGACAUUUGGUCUGGCAGUGGUCCAAAUGAUGGGAUGGGAAAAAUCUACCGAAGUUAUGUACGAGAGAAUAGAGCAGAUUAAUGGUUCAGAUUACUUGACGGCGAGUAAAAUACGAAUUCGCAAGUACAAUCGGACAAUGUCCGUGUUGGAUGGAGAACUCGAAAUUUUGCGUGACCUGAACGACAGUUACACGUUCACGGUUUCCCUAUCGUACAGUGUACUAGGAAAUAAUCAAUUUAUCCUGUCACCGUACAAAAUUCCAUUGCAAAAGUUCUGCCAGUUUCUCAAUACAACCUACAGAGACUAUCGGGAGUUCUAUCGGAACACCACCAAUUUUCCGGAAGUCGGCACGUGUCCGAUGGCGUCCCAAGUGUACUACGUCAAGAACAAGGUUUUGGACGCCAAAUUUAUCAACGAGUACUUUCAGCCAGGCCUCUGGAAACUGAAACUAAUAUUUUAUAUCGACAAAGAGGAGUUUGCCGUAGUCGUAAUAGACCUUUAUUUCCGAGUGCGAAACGGCAUGAUGUAG